CAUGAAGAAUGAAGGGUAGGGGAAGAAGAUUUACUCCCAGUUUUCUGCCUCUCUACUGCACCAUGGAUUCUUGGAUUAGACCCCUUGCUAGGGUGCUGUUGAUGCUACUUGGUCUAGUUUUGUGGGGGGCUGCUGCAGCUCUGGCCUUUGGUGGAGCUUUUGUGAUCCUUACAUACAAGAACUACAGGUGGUUCUUUCAGAACUGUUUCCUGCUUCUGCCAGGCUGGCUGGCUGUUGUGGCUGCUUUUCUCUUGCUCCCCACUGGUGCCUUGGCCAUUGGCAUCCCUGCUAGGAAUUCUCGCUAUCAACAGGGGACUUUCAUGUACUUGCUUGUUGUUCUUCUCUGUCUGGAAGCUUCUGUAGCUAUGCUGGCAUAUAUCUAUCCUGACAAGAUGGGAUCUGAACUGAAGGGCACCAUGGGGCACCUUUUUCUUCAAUACAAUGGGAUGCACUCCCAUCAUCCUAGCAACAGGGCUGUGGAUUCAAUUCAGAAACAGCUGCAGUGCUGUGGGGUAUACAACUACACUGACUGGGUGAAGGCAGCACUUCCAGCAUCAUGUCAUCUCCAAGCUAGAAGCAUAUGUGUCCCUGAGAGCUGUUGUAAAGAGACUUUGCACUGCAUUGGUGAUGUGAACCAGUCAGCACAGCUCUUUCAAGAGGGCUGUCUCAAGAAACUGAACUACCGGCUGCAUUUUGUCUUGCACUUUGUAUUUUGGUGCUGUGCUGUGCUUGCAUGUUUGCAGGUUCUGGCUGCCAUUAGUAAUGGGAUACUCAUGAAACAUCGGCCCUUCCAAGACUUAAGAAUUCUGGAUUCUGCUGUGUUUUCAUAGACUUUAGAACUGGGAAGCUAUUUGACUUGUCCCUCAUGCCCUGAGGACAUGGGGCAACAUAAAUGCCAUUUUCUUUAUUUACCCAGGCAAUCCACCAUCCAAUUUUGCUGCUAGAUUGCCUAACAGUAUAAAUCCCUGUUUUAAAGAACUAUGUUAGACUCUUUUGGGUUUUUUUUUUUUUUUU